CUGAUAGCUAUUACUCACCAUGUACAAAGCCAAAAUCUUGCAAAAAAUCAAAUCGGUGGCAGAAGCCCAUAAGAAUAAAGUCAAAGAUAAGUCCUUCCUAAACAUCGAGUGCAGGGAUUGCAAAACACUCGGACAUUUCAACAAGGCAUACCAUGAAUGCAAGUUUUACAAAGCAGUUUCUGCGCGUGAUGUUGGAAGUAGCGGCAAGAGACGUAAGCAAUCAACUACAGUCAAGGAAGAAAAGAAGCAAGCAAGGAGAAAGAAGAAGCAAACAACUGGAGAUAUCAAGUGCAUCAGUUGUGACUUAAAGGGUCAUUCUAUUUUUUGUUCCAUCGAAUGGAAAAGUUGCCAAGGGUCAUACAGCCCAACUUGAACAAUUCUGUAAAGUCUUCAACUUCAAA